UGUCUUCAUCCAACCACCAGACCAUCGAAUCCUAUCCUCACCCCUCCUCAUCCUCCUCCCAAACAAUCUAACCCGCCAAAAUGACCCCCGCAGGCCACAUCGGCCGCAACCACGCUCACCUGCGCUGGUCCAAGAACCUCGCCCCAGCCCAGACCAUCACCUCCGGAGAAACCAUCACCUUCGACGCCAUCGACAGCAGCAACGGUCAAAUCACGCCAGACUCAGACGUCCGCGCCCUCAGCGCCUUCGACAUCAGCAUCGCCAACCCGGUCUUCGGCCCCGUCUUCAUCGAGGACGCGCAGCCCGGCGACGCGCUGAAAGUCGAGAUCCUCGCCCUCGAAACCGCCUCCUGGGGCUGGUCCGCCGUGAUCCCCAACUUCGGGCUCCUCUCGUCCGACUUCCCGCACGCCAGCCUGCGCAUCUGGCACCUGGAUCGCACCACCCAGACCGCCACCCUCCCCGACAACGACCGCGUGCGUGUCCCCCUCCGCCCGUUCCUCGGCUGCAUGGGCCUCGCCCCGGCCUCGGACGCCGAUCUGUCCGUGAUCCCGCCGAACCCGGCGGGCGGGAACAUCGACUGCUGCGACCUGACGAUCGGGUCGGUCGUGUACCUGCCUGUGCAGACGGCGGGGGCGCUGUUCAGCUGCGGCGACGGCCACGCGGUGCAGGGCCACGGCGAGGUCUGCGGCACGGCUAUCGAGACGCCCAUCAAGGCGACGCUGCGGUUCGAGGUCUGCAAGGGCCAGGCGUGGGUGAAGACGCCGCACUACGAGAUCCCGGCCUCGGUGUCUGUGUCGGCGGGAAAUGCGGCGCUCAGUCAGUCGGGCCGGUAUGCGGCGACGGGGCUAGGGUCGGACCUCGUGGAGGCGUCGAAGGAGGCUGUUCGCAGUGUCAUCGAGUGGAUGGUCGCUACGAGGGGAUUGUCGCGCGUGGACGCCUACAUGCUGGCUAGCGUGGUGGGCAACCUGCAGAUCGUGGAGGCGGUUAAUAUGCCGAAGUAUUUGGUUUCGAUGGCGAUUCCGUUGGGGGUUUUUAUAGAUGCGUGAGUCCGAAUGGUUGGGGUGUUUCUUUUCUUUGGUUAGUUUUGGCGAUGGUAGAUACUGCAAUAUUUAAUGAACGAGGGUCUUGCUGGCAUUCGAGUAA